UCUAACCACGUCUUUAUUUAAAGCUGUCUCACUUCAUCGCAUCAUCAUCAUCCACAUCAUAACCAACGACAAAACAUCUCCUUUCAAUUUCCAAGGAAAAAGUCCAAUGGCUUUGGCUCGUUUCGCUCUGAAACAACUGCAGCGGAGGGUGGGAUCUGCUUCUGCUUCUUCCACUGCGGAAACUAGGCCAGUAAUCGGUGCUGCCCAGAACCUCCUAACCAGAAGCUUUUCUACUGAGAAAGCGAAAUCUGAUCAAACCACGGAGGUGACUGUGUCUGAAGGCAAGAAGCCGAGGUUAUUUCCUAGGAGACAACGAAGAAGAUGGCCAUGGAGGAACGAUGACAGAGACUUCCCGCCUGCCCUUAGUGAGUUCUUCCCAUCUGGGCUAGGGAAUGCACUGAUGCAAGCGACAGAGAACAUCAACAGACUAUUCGAGAACAUGAACAUAACACCAUGGUCAUUGAGUGGGCGUGUGAAGGAGAGAGACGAUCACUACAAGCUGAAGUAUGAGAUGCCAGGGAUUCCCAGAGAGAACGUGAAGAUCACCAUUGAUGAUGGAGUUCUGAACAUAAAGGGAGAGCACAGGGAAGAGAAACAAGAAGAGGAAGAAGACGAGUACUGGGCAUCAAGCAACUAUGGGUACUACAACACGAGCCUGGUCCUGCCUGAUGAUGCCAAGACUGAUGAAGUCAAAGCUGAGUUGAAAGAUGGUGUGCUCACUGUUACGAUCCCCAGAACUGAGAAGCCCAAGAAGGAUGUGAAGCAUGUGUCUGUUCAGUGAUGAAGGAUUAACUUGAGCUGCUGAAUCUUUAUUCAGUGUAUGAAUAACCUGCGUUGUGUUUGCGUCGUGUCGACAGAUAACCUGUCUCUUUCUGGUGAAGAUGAAUCAAAGUUUCUGGUUUA